AUGUUCUUCUUCCUAAUCAUAGACCUUAUCGCGGCAGUCUCACAAGCACGAGCAAGAGUGCUACAGAUCAGAGACCUGUCUCAAUGCGCCGGACUAUGCAUCGAAUCUCAGGGAGAGACCAGUGACUGUGGCAUAGAAGACCCUAAUUGCAGCUGCGCAAAUUCGCAUAAUCAAAGUGUCGAAACUUGCCUUGCGAGCCAAUGUUCUGAAUCAGACAUCUCACAAGCAUUUGAUUUCUUCAAUGACACAUGCUAUUCCACUGUACAUGUGAGCAGUUCGAUCUUUGGGUCGAGUGCGGCAGCUGCUAGUUCACCAUCGACUACGCACGUAACACAAUAUAUAACUACAGUGGUUAUCGCAUCUGGGACAGUAGCCCCCAGCGUGGCUUCUUCGACGGCCGCCUCAGCAUCCCUGAUAUCAACAUCCAAAGACUCCGAUUCUGCACGACCGAGUACUCCAAACUCUCCUUCAGACCCCUCGGCGCAACUCACCAACUCAUCCGAUAGUACACCGACAGCGCCCGCUUCUCCAAGCACCAGCGCAACGAACACCGAGCAAAGUCCACCGCGCACCAUGACACACCCUUCAGGACUCUCGCCGUGCGCAACGAUCGGCCUAGCAGUGGGCAUUCCAUGUGGCAUGAUCUUGCUCAUUACCACAGGCACAUACCUGCUUUGGAAACGCAAUACGGCCAAGAGAGCGUAUCGGGCAAUGCGCAUCCAAGACCUACGGGCGCAGGCCGGAAAGAAGGGACACGCACGUGAACUUGAUGGCAUCGGAACUAUGCGCCAAGAGAUGGAGACAUCCGCCAAUAUAGCUGAGUUACCGGGCAGGUUCUCUCGGCCCGAGUUGGCGCGGUACGAGUUGGGCGAAUGA